AUGUUCGGCGUGGUGGCGCGGAGCGUCCGAGGUUCAAGCAUGCGAUACUCGGGUUUGAAGCUAUGUAAUUUGUGCCGAGGCAUUUACCCCUCCAACCGCCAACAACACUCGUCUUCAUCUCAGGUUGCCAACUCGGACCUGUUUGACUAUACUGAAGGGCGUUGGCUUUUUAAUGAUGCUCUUCGCCUGGCGGAGCGCAAGCGUGUUUUUAAUGUCCGUGGUCUGCUCAAAUCCGCUGCAAGCUCUGUCCAACGCACUCCCGAUGAUGUUCAAGACAUCCGAAAGCUUGCUGAGGGUGGCUACAACCGCGUUUUGCUCAUCACUAUGCGCGACGGCUUCAAAAUGGUCGCGAGGAUUCCGUACCCCAUUUCUCUCCCUCGCUACUUCAUGGUCGCAAGCGAGGUCGCGACCAUGGACUACCUUCGGACGCAGGGCAUUCCCACCCCUCAAGUUUACGGCUACUCGCCCACCACUGAAAAUGAAGCGGAGACUGAAUACAUCUUAAUGGAAUUCGUCGAGGGUAGCGAUUUGGGCUCCUUUUGGUCGACACUCUCGGAACCACAGAUUUCUUCGGUUACUCGUCAGAUUGCGAAGCUGGAGGCGACUAUGAUGUCGCUCGAAUUUCCCGCGGGUGGUGGCCUUUAUUAUACGAAGGAUCUUGAGGCUGUAUCCGCAUCUGGCGUGCCGUUGGAGGGAACAUCCUUCUCCGUUGGACCUGACAUACGCGCGACCAUGUGGAAAGGCAAACGCCCGACGCUUGCGCAAGAUGUAGGACCCUACCUCACGGCCGAAGCCUCAUUGCUGGGAAGGGCAACCAAUGAACUUGCAUUUGUGGAGCGUUUUGGUCAGCCUCUUUUGCCCUUUCGACGUUGGAGACGGGAGGCAUAUGGAUACCAAAAGCAGGAUCCUUCAGACUACAUUCAAAACCUGCAACGCUAUCUACUUGUUGCGCCAUUCCUUCUCCCCCCCGAGCCUGCUAGCACGCGCUUUGGGAUCCGGCAUCUUGACCUCAAAUCCUACAAUAUUAUCGUGUCUCAGUCUGACGACGGCACUCUGACCAUCAAGAGCUUGAUUGAUUGGCAUCACGUCCCGAUAUUGCCUCAAUUUCUUCUUGCUGGUGUCCCUCCCCAAUUCCAGAAUCACGAUGACCCCGUUUGGGAUGAGCCGUCGCUACCAGCCAACAUCGAAUUGAUGGAUGAAAUGGAGCGCAACGCUGAACACGAGCUCUACCGUCACCGCCUUGUCCAUUACCAUUACAUUGCCAACGCUGCGGUGCACAACGAGCCGCACUUCAACCUGAUCGUCCAAUCGUUUGGCCAGAGAAAUACGCUCUGCCGCUCCCUUUUUGUGCAUUCAUCGCGCAACUGGGAGGGGGACACCAACGAGUUUAAGACGGCGCUGAUGCAAGUAGUAGAAGACUGGGAUGUGUUAACGGGGAACACAAGCCCGUGUCCGAUUAGCUUCGAGGCUGAUGAUGUUCGCGCGACGAUGGAGGUGGCUGAAUACCUUAAGGUCGCUGAGCUGGCGCAAAAGCAGCUCGAGCAGGUGCUUGGCGAUGGCUGGGUGCCAGCAAAUCGGUAUGAAGAGCUUGUGGCACACGCGAAGAAGGUUAAGGAUCUAGUUCUAAAUUCAGAGGAUGUGAAGGACGAUUCAUAUGUGAGGGAAGCGCUGAAUGUGCAUUGGCCUUACGAUGAUAUGGACGAGAUAAGUGAGGCGUGUGUCGGCGAAGCGGAGAAGAAGACAGUUACCAACACGUGUUCCGACUUACGGCGGGAUUUCUGA